AUGGAUGAGCCAUCAGGAAAUGGGGAUCCCUGCUUGAGUUACCAAGGCAGGAAGAAGGACCCACCCACCAACAAAUAUCAUAUUGAAAAUUUAAAGGGCAGUUUAGAAGGCCUAUUGAACGAUGGGAAUUGCCUGUCCGAGUUGGAGACACUAAAAGAAUCCCUAACCAAGCUGGAGUUAUACUCAGAGAGGAAUAAUGCGGACCUGCCCUUCAAUGUUGGAAUCACGGAGCGAACCAGCAGUGCCUACAAUGACAGAACAUGCGCGCAGCUGAGGAGGGAACUCCUAAAACAGAAGAACCUAAAUUGGUGCCUGUCUCUGAAGGUGCGAAGUAUACACAUGAAGCUAAACAGCCUGUACGCCAAAAAGGAUCAACUCGAAAGGAGUGUGCAAAAUAGGAUAAAAAAAAUGGAGUUGCAGUUCCUCCCUGAGGGAAGCAAGCAAGGCGAUUUGCAGGAUCAGAGUACUGCAGAAAAGGAAGGCCACCGAGGAGACCCAACAAAUGAGGAGACCCUAAAUGAAGAAAAAAAAACAGUGGAGGAAUUAAAAAGAAUGCUAGUAAAACAUGAAAUGCAUGUACAGGCAAGUGAAGUUGAGAAGGUCAAAUCUGAAUUAGAACUGAAGACCUGUAAGGACAAGUUAAAUGAAGAAAUUGAACGGAAUGAAAAUUUAUACAAGAAGAUUAAAAAUUACCAAGAUCAUUUGGAGAGAGUAAAAAAGGAGGAAGAAAAAUGUAUGGAUGAACUGGAUGAACUUAGGGUUCAGCUGCAAAAGUUUCGAAGUGAAAAUAGCCAAGUGGAGGAGAAGAACAAACUUCUGCAAGAGGAGAAGGUCAGAUUAGCACAAGCGAAUAAUGUGUUGAAGACAAGGCUGCAAUCUGUGCAGGCGUGCUUAACCGAGUUAAGAAACAAGGAGCGCGCCUUCGCCAGCUGUUCGCGGAAGAUAAUGAGUGUCGUUACAUUUCUGCGGGAGAGUGGCAAAGGGGGGGGGUUUGCGCUUGGGGGGAAGUAUGGCGGUGGGUUGUGCGACACGUUGAGAGAUACAAUGGACGAAUCGUUAGGGUACGCAUGGGGGGUAAGCGUGGAUGAGGCAGAGGGUCCUCCCCCCCUGGAUAAUGUUCUGACAACCCCCCUGCGCGGAAACACCACCUUUGCGCAGACGGAGCUGCAACUGGAUGCCAUUUGGACCUCCAUCCGGGCGUUGGUCGGGGUGAAGAGGGAAUUCGAGGGCCAAAAGGACGAACUGGAGAGAGCGCGAGCCGAGGUGCACGCCGCGAAGAAGGAGCUCGAAAGGAAGAGGAGGAGCUACGAAGAAGUUAAGCAACAAAUAGGAGAGCUGCAAACAAGGCAGCAACGGAAUGAGGAAGAAGUUACUAGCGCGAAGGAAAAGGACGAGAAAACGAUUAUGCAGUUAAGACAAACAUUGCAGGAGGAAACCAAGCUUACAAACAAGUACAAAAACAGAAAUGAAUACAACCUGAUGAGAAUUAGACGAUUGAAGAGGAGAGAAAGCAAAAUGUUUUUUCAAAUUAAUCAGUUGAAGAGGUAUGUAGAGGAGAAUAAGUCCAUGUUGGACAGAGCAAAUGAAAUGAGUAGCAAUAAAAUUAAACAUAUGAAGCAGAGGAACAAAGAGUUGAUUACGAACCUAGAUGAUAUACACAUGCAGUUGCAAAGAUGUGUAGGUCAAGUAAACACAGCUAGUAAAAAUAUGAAAGUGAUGGAGAGAGAGAAGCAAAAGGUUACUCAACAAAUGCAUAUGCUUAAAAAUGAAAAUGGAGAGCUAGCCAAAGAAUUACAAACAUGUAGAAACAAAAACGAAGCAAUGAAAAUGAAGGUGUACACAUUGAAUAGCAGAAUGAGUAAAAUAAAAGAAAAAAUGAAAUGCGCUAAUAUAAGAUUCACAAAGGCACUGAAACAUCAUAGCAAGUACAACAGGAGUUAUAAGGAGGGACUGUGUCGGAAGAAUGAAUACCUCGAAGAGAUGGAGAGCAAGCAGAAGGAACUACAAGAAGAAUUAAAGGAGAAGGAAAAGACCAUUGAGAAAAAUGAUCAAUGCAUACAGAAAUUAGAAGAAGCAAUUAAAAUGUACGAAAAGCAGAAGGAAAUGCUAAGUGAAGAAAUAAAAAAAAAAAAUUUAUUAAUUGCAAGUAAAGAGGAAAAAAUCGACAUGCUUAGUACUAUAGAAAAUGAUUUGCUAAAGGAAGGAAAAGUCAGCCAAAUGAAGCUGAUCGAACGGGACAAGGAAAUAGAAGGUCACCUCGUGCAGUUGAAAAAAAUAAAAGUGGAAAAUGUAAAGUUAAAUGAAAUGGUUAAUAAAGUAAAGAAGGAAUUGAUAAACUCAGAGCUGAGAUGUAAAAUGGCCUACAGAGAUAUGGACAAAUUGAAAAAGGAAAAAAAAAAAAUAAUAAUAAGUCUGCAGAACGACUUAGAGGAGAAGGAAAAGUGCCUCCAAAUUACAGACGAGCGAUUCGAAAAAAUCAGACGUGAAAGGGAGGAUGGACAGUAUACCUUCCAACACGAAUUGAAGGUUUUGCAAAACCAGGUGGAAGAACUAACAAGAGAAAAGGAAACGUUUCGGGGACAAGUGCAGCAACUGAAUAAUGACCUACAACAAUCUCAACAACAGGUUAAGGAAGAAAUUAGAAUGAAUGAGGAGGGGAAGAAACAAAACGAAAGUCUCCUCAACCAAGUGAAUGAAUAUAAGAAGAAGAUAAAUAAACAGGAGGAAGAAAUAAAGACGCUUCGAAAUGUACAACACACUUCUGAACGGAAAAUAAUGGAAGAGUGUAACCAUAAUGAGGAGACACUAAAGCAGCGCUUUGAAGAGGAGAAACAAAAUUUGAAGGUCCACUUUGAGGCACUAAUUAAGACACAGAAGGAGGCACAUCAGGAACAAAUAAAAAUGAUGGUUAUUCAGAAGGAGAAAGAAAUGGAAGCUUUGUCCAAAGAAAUGCAAGCGGAGAAAGAGCGAUGUCAGAGAGACGUAGAAUCAAUGACGGAGAGACACAAGAAAGUGGUCACACAAAUGAAGGAAGAAAGACAAAAGGAAAUUAACCAAAUGAAAGAUAUUUGCGAACAGAGCCGGAAAGCAGAACUGCUCAAAAUUGAACAGGAAAAAAAUUUGCUGAGUAAAAUUGAUGAGUGCACCUCCCUGCUGAGGGAGAAGGAUGAAGAAUUCCGGUCCGCCAUACGGCAGUAUGACCAGAAGCUACAAGAUCAAAAUAGGGAAAUGGAAAAAUUGGUGAACGAGUGUGAACUGAAGCUCAGGGAGGCACGCGUGGCCAGGCGAGGAGGUACCAGUGCAAGCGCCGCGGAGGAGGAGGUCUCCAACAUGGGCAGUGGGGCGAAUCCUGCUCAGGACAUACACUCUGCCACGAUUGCGCAGCUGGAGGAAAAUUUGCGCGGAAGCGAAACGAAGAUUUGUCAACUCGAGAAGGAGCUGUUCGACUCGAGGCGAGAGUUGGCCGAGUUGGCUCAGAAGAACCGCGACCUCGCAGACGGAAAAGCGGAGGCAGACAAGGAGGUUGCCAAUUUGGUGGCGGAAAAUGAGAAGCUGAAGGAAGAGAUGCAGAGAGCCACCUCCCCCCUGAGUGCUCCCCCCUUGGACGGUUCUCCCCUACUUACCAUUUUGCCCUUUCUUGGGGGUGACAGUGCACCGGCCGCGCCGGAGGAAGAACCCUUGCCAGUGGUGGCAAAGAAAAAAAAAAAGAAGCAUAAGAAAGGCACCUCCGGAAAGGAGCGUCAUGAAACGGAAGAGAAUUGCGACGAGGAAAGUAACAUGAAGGAGGAGACGGAGGAGGGAAAGAAGACUGUUCACAAGAAGAACAAGAAGUCGGCGAGGAGGAAAAAAGGAAAAGACAUAAGUUGUUCGGAAGAUAGGCAUGAUGAGGAAGAUGCGGGCGAUGGAAACCUUCGCGACAAUGAGGACACACGAGACGACACUGAGGAAGGGGACGCACUCCUCGACGCAGACACAAAUAACGUAUCCCCCAGUCUAAUCUCAACAAACGAGCAAAACUGCUACGUAUUCCUAAACACCAUAAGCGUGAAAUUGGAUGAAAUUGUGGACAAGCUCAAAGCCAAGGAAGACCCCCUGCUCAUAAAUGAUGCGCUGAAUAAGAUAAAUCUGGCCAUCACGACGUGGAAUUUGUUUGCUGACCCGAACGCGCCAACUGCGGAGGAGGCGGAUGGGGAGACCGCACCGGAUGGAGAAGUCCUCUUAGAUGAGGAGACCCUACCGGAUGGUGAAGCCGCACAGACUGGCGAGACAGAACCGACCGAUGAAGGGAUAGGUAAGGGGCACUUGUCCGAUGAGCGGUACGAAGCUCUUAAGAGAGAAGUCGCAGAAAAGGUGGAGCUCAUUCGCCAGAUGGUGUGA